AUGAGCCGUGUCUUUAUAACAGGAGUGUCUGGCUAUAUCGGAGGAGAUGUCCUCUAUGGGCUCUCAAAGUCCAACCUUGCUUCUAACAUCGUGGCAUUGGUGCGAAAUGAGUCUCGGGCAGCGUGUGUCACUGAAAAAUACCCCUCUGUCACACAGCUGAUCGGAGAUUUGGAUUCUGCGGCCGCGAUCCAGAACGAGGUCUCUCAAGCUGAUGUUGUUCUUAAUCUGGCAAGCUCCAAUCACGUCCCUAGCGCAAAGGCCAUCGCUCAAGGCCUUCUGAAAACUCAAAAAGAAUGUCCAGUUUGGAUACAGAUCUCUGGCGCUAGUGUAAUUUCGGGGCCCGAAAUAGUCAACAAUACCUAUGGAGAAGCCCGCCCUAAGAUCUAUAACGAUUUGAAAGGAGUCGGUGAAGUCCGUGAUAUUAUCGCUUCAAAUCCGUUGCGGGUUGUCGACCAGCUUGUGACCGGGCUUUCUGCCAGCCAGCCCUCCGUGCGAACAGCGGUUAUCUAUGGACCCAUAAUUUACGGCCUGGGGAGAGGCCCAGUCAACCAGCGCAGCGUCCAAAUCCCCGAUCUUGUAAAAUCAACCUUGCAAUAUGGUCAUGGUAUCCAUGUUGGCAAGGGUGAAAGCACUUGGAGUCAUGUCCAUGUGUCAGAUAUCUCGCGCCUAAUCAUUAUGUUGGUCGCUGAGGCUCUUAGUACGAGCAGUCGCGCCCUGUGGAAUGAGAAUGGAAUUUACUUCCCAGAAGCAGGAAAGCUGUCUUUCGGAGAAAUCGGGCGGAAGAUUUCCUCGUUUGCCCACACACAGGGGUUUAUCAAGUCACCCCAUGCAGAGUCGAUUGAUCCUCGCACAGCCGAUAGGCUCACUGCGCAUGGUGCAGUGCUUUGGGGGACAAAUGCGCAAACAUCAGGGCACCGGGCACGCAAACUGCUCGGAUGGAAUCCGAAGGGUCCGAGUUUGGAGGAGGAGAUCCCUCGAGCCACUUUGGUGGAGGCCGCUGCAAAGAACAACCCAUCCCCAAAACUAGCAUGA